AUGGUAGGGACUUUGUCAUCAACAUUAUUAUCGGCUGACUGGAGUCAGCCAGUUGAUGAUAUGCAAUGCAACAAAGGGGUUCAGAUUAGCUCUAGCAAUACCAUUGGCAACUUUAGGUAUUUUACCGAGAAUAACAACCUACAAAACGAUGAGAUCUGGGAAAGCUUGGGAACAAAACCAUAUGUUCUAGCAGAUAUAACUAACACAGAUACUGCAAGACAUGCUAGGAUGGAACGAGCUAACAAGCUAGCCAAGAAAAAACAACGUGCAAUAGAACAUAUACCUCAAGCGGCAAAUUCAGCUAUAGAUUGUGUCAUCACAGGGAAUGUAACAGCUACUCUAGCAGAUUGCACACUCUAUCCAAGUAUUGUUAUGCAAACCAUGAAGAGGGAUGAAUACAGUAACUUAGAAAACAACCAAAAAUGGAUAUUGCUGCCAUCAAAUCUAGCAACACAAGACAAUUUAAGAAGUAUAGACAAUGCUAGGCAUGCUAGGAUGGAACGAGCGAACAAGCUAGCAAAGAAAAGACAACAUAUGGGAACGUCUUCCCCACAAGUUGAGUUGGUUAACAUUCAGAAGCAAAGGUUGAUUGUGAAUAAGGAAAACAACAUAUGUUCAAAUGAAAAUCAAGUGAAUUGUGCUCCCAGAAAUGGCCCAUUUAAGGAGCAGUCAAGGACUCGCAAAAUAGGAAUCACUGUCAUACAUCGACAAGAAAAUAACAAAGGUGGAAGGGCUUCAACAAGGGAUGCUAGAGUUGCCAGUUGUAAGGAGCAGGCAAGCAAGGAGUAUUUGCACAUGGGAGAUGCAAUGUAUAUAUGCGAACACUGCUAUGCCCUUUUUUGGUACGAUGAAAGGAUAAACAAAAGUUAUAACACAGACCAACCAAAAUUUACAAUGUGUUGUAAAGGAGGUCAAGUCCAACUGCCACACCUACCAGAAGCACCAAAAGUUUUGUAUGAGUUGUUGUUCAAUAAUAACCCCAAGAGCAAGCAUUUUCGUGAUAACAUCAGGUCAUAUAAUAGCAUGUUUCAAUUUACUUCAAUGGGUGCCAAAAUAGACCGCGGUAUAAAUACUUCUAGAGGUCCACCUACAUUCAUUCUUUGUGGCGAAAACUACCAUCUAAUAGGUAGCCUAAUUCCACCAGAAGGGAAUAAUGCGAAAUUCGCCCAAUUAUACAUAGUUGAUUCACAAGAUGAGGUGCACAACCGGAUGUCAGCUAUCAGGGGUGAAGAUAACAAAAACAUAGAUGAAGACAUUGUAAGAGAUCUUAAGAAGAUGCUAAAUGAAAAGAAUGUGUUGGUGAAGGCAUUCCGCAUGGUUAGGGAUUCAAUGGGCAAAGAAUCAAAUUCAACAAUUAAACUUAGACUAUUGGGAAAAAGGGGAAAGGAUGGUAGAAGAUAUAACUUACCAUCAACAGAUGAGGUUGCUGCAUUGAUUGUCGGUGAUUUUGACAUUGACAAGACAGACAGAGACAUUGUUGUGGAGACACAGAGCGGAAGAUUACAAAGGAUUAAUCAACUCAAUCCAGCAUAUCUGGGAUUACAAUAUCCCCUGCUAUUUCCUUAUGGCGAGGAUGGAUACAAGAAAGAUAUACCGCUAAACAAAAGACACCAUAACCGUGGUAAAGGACGACAGGAGUUUUUGGUUGAUGGGUACUCCAUGAUUGAGUCAUCAAGGCUAAACUACAUACGCAGUGACCAAGAGAAAUUAAGGUGUGAGAUGUACAAGGGAGUAAAGGAAGCAGUACUGAAUGGAGAAACAACGCCGUCAUCAUGUGGCAAGCGUAUAAUAUUGCCUUCGUCAUUCACAGGUGGACCAAGAUACAUGAUACAAAACUAUCAGGAUGCAAUGGCAAUAUGUAAGGUUGUUGGUUAUCCAGACCUCUUCAUAACCUUCACGUGCAAUCCGAAGUGGCCUGAGGUUGAAGACUUUUUGAACAAUAGAGAGCUGAAUCCACAAGAUCGACCCGACAUUGUUUGUAGGGUUUUCAAGGCAAAAUUAGAUACACUAAUUAAAGAUGUCCGAGCAAACAAAGUUUUUGGUAGAGUUGCUGCAGUGGUAUACACAAUCGAAUUCCAGAAACGUGGGUUACCACAUGCACACAUUCUACUAUUCUUACACAAGGAUGACAAAUUUCCCACUGCCGAAGAUAUUGAUAAGAUUAUAUCAGCUGAGAUACCCGAUAAAAAGAUAGACCCGGAAUACUUUGAUGCAGUCGAAAAGCACAUGAUGCACGGUUCAUGUGGAGUGGCAAGGAAAGAUUCACCAUGUAUGGAAAAUUCUAAAUGCAUUCGACACUUCCCUAAGAGGUUUGUUGAGAGUACUACUAUCGACGAUGAUGGGUACCCGGUAUACCGACGAAGAGAAGAUGGAAAGACUAUCAACAAAUCAGGAGUCGCUCUUGACAAUCGUUAUGUUGUACCACACAAUAGGUGUCUACUCAUGAGAUAUGGUGCCCAUAUUAAUGUUGAGUGGUGUAACCAGUCAAGAUCUAUUAAGUAUUUGUUCAAAUAUGUGAACAAAGGUCAUGACCGUGUAACGGCUUCAUUUUAUAAAAGUGCUGCAGACAAAGAGAACAUGGAUGACUAUGAUGAAGUCAAUAAUGAAAAGCUCGAUGAUGUGAUCCGAGAAGCAUCUGUCAAGGAGUCUAUGUUUCUCGGUUGGUUUCAAGCCAACAAGAUCUACUCAGAAGCAAGGUCGCUCACUUAUGCAGAAUUUUCUACACAUUUUGUGUGGAAGGCAAAGGAAAGGGUGUGGUUGCCUCGGAAGAGCCAUGCUGUAAUUGGAAGAAUCUUCUUUGUGCAUCCUGGAUCUGGUGAGAGAUAUUACCUAAGGCUACUACUCAAUUACGUUAGGGGACCAACUUGCUAUGAAGACAUUCGAACUAUAGACGGUGUUGUAUACUCAUCAUUCAAAGAUGCAUGUUAUGCACGUGGUCUUUUAGAUGAUGAUAAAAAAUAUGUUGAAGCAAUAGUGGAAGCAAGUUAUUGGGGCUCAGAGUUAAUCCUCACAGAAGACGAGAUCAAAGAUUUGACCCUAAUGGAGAUUGAGAAUAUACUUAACAAAUACAACAAGAGUCUGAAAGAUUUUCCACCAAUGCCAAUGCCAGAUACAAACCAAUGUAACAAUUUAUUGUAUCCCAAUGACAUGAAUAGGUUAAUUUGCGAUGAACUCAGAUACGAUCGGCAAAAACUAGCUGCAGAGCAUGUAACCUACUUAGGACUAUUAACUGAUGAACAAAAAGAAGUAUAUAACAAAGUCAUCACUGCAGUUCAAACCGGCAAAGGUGGAGUAUUUUUCCUUUAUGGGUACGGUGGGACAGGAAAAACAUUUGUUUGGAAGACACUAGCUUCUGCAUUGAGGUCUAGAUCACAUAUUGUUCUAACAGUUGCAUCUAGCGGGAUAGCAUCACUUUUGUUGCCUGGAGGCAGGACAGCUCACUCACGUUUCGCAAUACCGCUUAACAUAGAUGAAUUCUCAACAUGUAAUAUUAAGCAAGGGAGUGCACUAGCUGAGCUUUUGAUUAAGACAAAGUUGAUAAUUUGGGAUGAGGCACCUAUGGUAAAUAGAUUCUGUAUUGAAGCUCUUGAUAGGACCAUGCGUGACAUAUUAAGGUUCAAUAACAAAGAUAGCUUGGAGCAGCCAUUUGGAGGCAAGACAAUUGUUUUUGGGGGAGAUUUUCGCCAAAUACUUCCAUUCAUCCCGAAAGGGUCUAGGCAAGAAAUAGUCAAUGCCACUAUCAACUCAUCAUACUUGUGGGAUGACUGCAAGCUUUUGACACUUUCAAAGAACAUGCGCUUAAAAUCAAGUGAUUUAAAUUCAAGGUCAUUUGAGUCGAAAGAAUUUGCUGAUUGGAUACUCAGUAUUGGUGAUGGCAGCCAAGGGUCACGAUCGAAUACAGGUGAAAAGGUUGUCAUUCCUGAUGACAUAUUGGUUUCCGAUUGGGUAGACCCAAUUGAAGCAAUAUGUAGAGUAACUUAUCCUGAAAGCUUUUCAGGAAGAAAUAUUGACCAACAGAUUGAAGAUCGAGCUAUCCUUGCACCAACACUACAGUUAGUUGAUGAGAUCAACAACUACAUGAUGAGUUUAAAUCCGGCUGAAGCGCAAACAUAUUUUAGCUCUGAUAAGGCAUGUCCCACAGAGCCUAAUAACGAUUUAUUGGCUUCAAUACACACUCCUGAACUCCUAAACACAAUCAAGUGCUCAGGUGUCCCUAACCAUGAGUUAACACUAAAAGUUGGAACACCAAUUAUGCUGUUAAGAAACAUUGACCACUCCGCAGGAUUGUGCAAUGGAACACGAUUGGUUGUUACUAAACUUGGAAAACACAUAAUUGAAGCACGAACGUGUGCGGGCAAGAAUAAGGGGCAAAAAGUGUUUAUACCAAGGAUGACACUAAGUCCUUCUGACCAUCGAAUACCAUUCAAAUUCUAA